AUGAAUCCCUUUGCAAAUGAGCCUAAUGAAGUAAAUCUUCAGGCACUUUAUGAUGCAAUGUGGUAUUAUGUCGAACAACAAGUAAUUGAAGAAGCAAGUAGCCUUGGUCAAACAGUAACUCCAGAGUUCAUUGCCUCUCUAACUGAAGUUGUCUGUAGACAAGCAGAAUCAAUGGCACUAGAUCUUGAAGCAUUUGCAAAACACGCCAAACGUAAUACAAUAUCAAUGGAUGAUGUCAAGUUGUGUGCUCGUCGUAAUCCUGGUCUUAGUGAACUUGUGACUGAGAUAGCAGAUGAUCUUACGGUUCAACCAAAGAAUAAGAGACGUGGGGAUGAAAUAACAAUAGGAGGGGAAGAGGAUGAUGACGGUGAUGAUGAUGGUGAUGAUGAUGAAGAGGAAGAGGAAGGGGAUGACGAUGAAGAAGGAGAAGAACCAGAAUACGACUACCGAUAA